AUGUCAUCUCUUGCAUUUGAUCAUGAAUUCUUCGAAGGUUGCAAAGACCUUCUACCUAGCAUGGAGCCAAAUAAGACAUCUGAUCCAAAAAAUCGCAAUCUCGGCCGCCUCGACUGGAUUAAAACUCAAGAAAAGCGAUAUUGUCACCUACUAGAUGACCCAAGUGUCACAGUGACGGCCUUGAAGAUACCAUUUUCCGGUCACAGCGAACCAAUCUCUGUUUACCAAUUAUGUCCCACACGCGCUCGACAACCAUCCAGCUCACCAUUUCCCGCUAUUAUCCAUACUCACAGUGGGGGAUUCAUUUACGGAUCUGUUCCAUACCUCCUCAAAAGACUCAAGUAUCAAGCUGCAGAAUGUGGUGUUCAGAUCUUCAGUAUCGAUUAUUUUCUUGCUCCCGAGUACUCUUAUCCGCACCAAUUCCUGGAAUGCUGGACCACAUUGAAUUGGAUACAUGACAACGCCAAAUACCUCAAUAUUGACCCGGCUCGCAUCGCUGUCAUGGGAGAAAGUGCAGGUGGAAACCUUGCGGCAGCGACAGCUCUCAUGGCUAGGGAUAGGGGAUUACAGCCGCAACUAGCAAAACAGAUUCUCAUCUACCCGAUGCUCGACGACCGGACUAUCUACCAGAAUCCAGAGUUGGAGAGAUUGGCAAUUUGGGGCCAUGCAGACAACCGAGAUGCCUGGGGGGGCUUAUCUGGGGGAUUUGGCUAA